AUUGGAACGUAUAACACAAAUAAAAAGUACUUUCGCCUUAUUCAAAAUUAGGAUAUGUUUCUGUCAGUAGAUUGCGGGCAGCUUUAAGAUUCCAGUGUUUGUUAUGUUGCCUGUCAUUUUAGUUUUGUACAUUAUAUUGAAAAAUGUCGCCAGCAUACCAUAUGAUGAGAUAAAAGAUGUUGCCUCCCUUAAUCCUGAAAUAUUUGAUGAAAGAACUUCAAACGGAACCUGGCUUAUUAUAUUUUACCGAAAAUCCUGUGGACACUGCAUAAAUUACUCUGAGACCUUUCUAAAACUUUCAAAUUCUGUUAAAAAUUGGAAAUGGGUUCUUAAUUUGGGCAGUGUUGAUUGUGAAAAUGAAAACAAUACCGUUUUAUGUCGCCGGUUCGAAAUAUAUAUGGUUCCCACUCUUCAGUUUCUGUCCUCAAAAGAAGGCGGAUAUUUAUCAGAAAAAAUUUCAGCCCAAUUAGAAAUAGAUGAUAUAAGGUUCAUAAUUGCCUCGAAGUUACUUAAUAUCUCUACUCUACAGCUUACAAGAGAGUUGGCUGUUAACGAUCCUCUUACAGUUACAAGUAAUAGCGCAGUAACUAACGCUCUGAUAAUACUGGAUUAUAGUUUGCCUUUAAAACGAUCGUUCACCAGCAUCACUGAGGAAGAAGCGACGGACAUUGAGAUUACAAGUUUUUUAAGCAAAUCGGUAGUUGUAAAAGGUACAGAAGAAGAAGUUAGAAAAGUACUUGAUGGAAUGUCGGAUAUAUCACCAAGUUUGGAGGAGAUUUCCAAGCCAGAUGUGAUUAAAAUGAAUGAAUUUCCUACCAAAUAUUUGCCAGUUUAUGGAGUUGAUAUUUACCGAUCGCUAAGUAUGCUGUUACAAUCAGAUGUUAGUGCACUUGAUGUCAUACAAGGAACAUCCUUGGCAGCGCUUAAACAGUUUCUUCAGAUGCUACAUGAAUUACUUCCAGCUUCAGAAGAAUACAAAGAAUACCUAUCAAAUGUAUCUACUUGGUUAAAUACUAAAACAAGUAUAACUGGUCAAGAAUGGAGCGCAUUUCUUAAAGAAAUUAAUUUCCCAUUGUAUAAAGGACCAUUUAUUGGUUGUCGUGGCAGUAAACCUCAUUUUCGGGGUUAUCCAUGUGGUUUGUGGACUUUAUUCCAUGCACUGACUGUGCAACAGUAUUUAUUGUCAACUUCUAAAUCAGAGCCUCAAGUGGAUUCGGUAGCACACGCUUUGAAUCGUUUUGUUCCACGAUUCUUCUCCUGUACCUAUUGUGCAUUUCAUUUUGCACUGAAUACAGCCAAUAUAGUAAAACCAGGUGAAUCAAUACUACCCGAGGAUCGGCCUAGUCCAUCUCCAGAACAAUUUAUUUUUGAUGAAACAAUCAUUCCUACUUUACCAAAAGCUCCAAUUACUCCAAGGGAUAGUGUACUGUGGUUGUCUUUUGUACAUAAUCGUGUGAAUAAGCGUUUAGCUGGACAAUUGUCUGAGGAUCCAACUGCACCUAAAAUUCAAUUUCCAUCUUUUGAUAUAUGUCCUAAUUGUUGGGCUCCAAAUUCUAAAGGGGAAUUACAAUUGGGAAAAAAUCCACAGACAGAAGAAGCCUAUUUUCAAUUUCUUGUUGAACGUUAUGGGAAAUCAUCAUGGAAUUAUGACCAAUUACCUGUAAUGUUUAUUACAGAUGAUUUAUGUGGUAAAAUACUCCACUAAUUGCGUAAAGUAACACUGUUUUUUAGUAGAAGUUUACACUAACCUAAUUAACUUCUGGUAAAUACCAACCCCACCCCACCCUCCAUAUUGGCAUCUUGCAAGAGCACAUUGAUUGUUUUCUCAAAACAAGAACAAACACAUUAACAAUGAGUGUUUAUCAAUCUUGGGGGGCAAGGGUAUUGCUUAUUUCUCCUUCACUGAAGAUUUUUCUUCACAUCUAUUUCUGUGUGUUUCUUUAUACUUUAUUUUAUUUAAUUUGCCUUAAUAGUUUGUUAUUUUUGUUUUACGAUUUGUUCACAUCUCCUAUCCAGCAUCUUCACUACAGAUUAUUAUUUUCUUAGAGAGUUCAGCACACACACACGCAGACACAACAUUUGUUUAUGUUUUAUAAAAUUAUUUUUGUAACUCUUACUUAUUUUUUUAAAAUUAUUUUAUAACUGUUACACUAUAUGUGGACAGUAUAUUUGUAUGGUAGUCGGUAAUUGGUUUUCAAAUUGUUACUACUGCAUGAUACACGAUAUCACUGAAUUCAGUUCGUUCAUGCUGUUAUUCCUCACUACUGUGAUUGUUUUCUGAAGAUUAUGUUCUUAUGUGAAAAUAAUUAUUGUAACUGUUAUUCCCUUGGGUUCCUAGUGGGGCAUAGGAAUUCUACAGCAUGUCUCCAUCUUAUUCUGUCCUCUGAAAUCCUCUUCAUAUGGCUCUAUAGCUGCCCGUGAGCCUUUAUCGUCUCCUGAAAUGAUCUACUCCAUGUCACUCUCGGAACUAUACCCAGUUUGGCGUUUUCUAUUCGGGUCUCACUCGAGUGAUGGCCUGGCGCACUAUCUCCUCCAACGGUCUCUAAGUGUAUGUUCACUCCAUCUUAUUUUCAUCGAGAUAUUUAUUGAUCAAUAGAUUCUUGAUUGUUUUAUCCCGAGAGCUUCUUGUUGCUUGUUCUCUGUAGUCGGCCUUUUGUUCUUCAGUAAGAAGCCAGCGAUGGCAGCUGUUGACCGUUAAUUAUCAUUAGAAAAUGGAAUGUUGUAUUUGUAGGGAUUUAACAAGUUUGGGUAAACACUUCGUAAUUGAUUGAGAUUUGUUUAAGAAGCACUGGAGACAAUGUAGAACUGUAUAGGUCUUUUGUUGCGAACUGAGGAGCUUCAGUAGUGCUCACAUGUAAUAGUUCACCAGUGAGGGAACUCACUACCUUUAUGUUACAAGCAGAAGAAAUAGAGUUGAGGUCUACAUCUUAACACAAUACUUGUUUGUGUAAAAAUAUUUUUAUUGAUUUUGAAUAAAUGAAUCUAACAGAGUUCUUCUGAUUUCACUAACAAUGGAAUUACUUGCUGUUCCCAAAUCCUCACUGAACAAUUUUUUUCACUCUUUAGAUUGAAAAUAUUUUUCUUCGGCUGUGUUGAGACGAAAGCAUUAUUUAAUCGCAAAUAUGCUGUUAGAUAAGAAGGGAAAGUUAACUGACGAGGAAGUGAAGCUUCUGUUGAUUGAGGUGUUCUGCAUAUAAGAUGAAAUAUAAGGCUAAAAAACAGAUACGUGUUUUAAGGAGAAAAUAGGUUGAAAACCCACGAAGUCUUUUAUUGCUAGCCUGAGCUAGACAAGAAAGUAUAUAUAUUGUCUAUCUAACGUUCUCUAUAACCUCGGGAUCAGUGUUAUGAGAAUGUUGAUGAAACGGCAGAAAAUGGUUAGCAGUUACGGAGAGGAAUUUACUCUCCUAGUAAGAAACCUGAUCAUGAAAGUCCUAACUAGUCACUGUGUCACUCUUCCAUAAACGUUUGACUUUUGUAUUAUUACAUUUGUUUUCUUUGCUGUGAAGUUUAACAAGCUGAAGUUAAUAGACAUUUUUGAGAAUUUUUCUAGUGGUAAGUCAAUGGUCUGUACUAAGACAGUUGUUGUUUCUUGGAUAGUUAUGUAAUACUGCUUUGUUUGGAUUUAAUCCUGUUCUCAUCUUUUUGUUACAUUUUGUACAUUUUAAGAAAUAGAACAAAAACUCAGUGUAUUGUAGUUUCAUGUAAUUUAACUUGAUAGCCACAUUUCAUGUUUGAUCAGGGCUUCACAUUCAAUUAUUGCAUCGUUUACCAUCUGGUCAAUCAUUUGUGUGGCGAAAAGUAUUUCGUUGAAAACAUUAGCUUUAUUGAAAAUCAUUAUUCCAAUAAUCGUCUCAUUUUGGUCUUAUACCAGUCAUUGACAAUUAUUUUGUGCGUCUGAGAAGUGGCAAUUGAAUGAGGAGGAUAUAAAAAGACUAACCUGUCUCACUGAUCACAGAUGUUUGAUCUCUAUGUCCCCUGUUAAGUUGUACAUAAAAAACGAUGAGUAAUCUUUAGGUUAGGCGUAGAUUGCUAUGGAAGCAAAAGAAGUCAGUCAAUGAACUUAUAAGUACAUCAAUGGAGAUGGCUCGCACACCAGUUACACAUACUGAGCCACCUCAUUCCUCGACGGCUAAUGUUAAGUGACGAUAGAUCAGGUUGCGAAAGGACCAAACUGUGGUCAUACGAAAACCUAUCGUCAGUCCGUGAAGUCUUUGACAGUUAAAUUGAGCUUGUCACGUAGGAGGUAGAGAUUGUCUGGUUGGGGGUCAUCAGGACUCUAAGGACCUACGGUGUGGGAUUGUUUGUGAUAUGGUACAGAAUCUUUAUCAGUGGCGUAAAUUUAUUCGCUCUUUGUAAUCCCCCUCUCUGUAAUUAUCCUUUCUCCAGGACAUUUACUCUUGUUGUAGCUCUUCUGAAUUUACUUUCUCUUUUGUCUACCCUUGUGUGGUACAUGAAAUGCUGUAACUUGAACUGAUGCACUACAGUGGAAAACGUUUUGCGACUUAGCUUAAUUUCUUCUUACAAGAUUUAUACUAUUCUCAUAGUAAUCAAUAAUUCAUAAGAACUGUGAUCAAGAUUUGAUUGAUUAGUACCGUGUGAGAAGUAGACAUUUUUUAAAAAUGUAUUUGUAAAAUCUCAGCGAAAUUGAAAUGAGUAAUUCCAACGUUUACUGCAUUCGGCAAACUGGUCAGAACUUCUUCAAGGUAAUU